UGUGACCGAACCUUACCCAACUCGAGCCGAAAAUUUAAACGUCCACCGAAAAAACUGACCUGGUGAAAAAAAAAAUCAUGGGACCUCCACUGAAUUCACAUAUGAUUUUAAAGGGUAUUUAAAUACCUUAGCCAUGACCAAGUUCAUAACAGUUAGCAGUCACCAAUGGUUACCACAUUGCUUGCACUUUUCUUUUUGUUCAUAGUCUUAUGUUUCUUCCUCCAAACCCAUAGGAAAAAACUAGCAACCAGUAACAAUCUCCCACCUGGAAGCUUCGGGUGGCCGUUUUUAGGUGAAACACUAGAGUUCAUUCGCUCACAAACCGAUGGAACCCCGGAGAGAUUUGUGAGGGAGAGAGUGGAGAGAUAUGGCAGUCCUUUGGUUUUCAAAACAUCGUUGCUCGGCCACCCUACGGCUAUCUUCUCCGGGCCUGAGGGGAACAAGUUUUUGUUUGGAAACGAGAACAAACUUGUGGCGAUGUGGUUGCCCGAAGCAGUUGGGAGGCUGUUUGGUAAUAGAUGCUUAAAUACAACCCGCGGAGAUGAAGCGAAGUGGUUGAGGAAGACGAUGCUGCCGUGUUUAGGUCCUGAUGCUUUAUCGAACCGGUACUGUAUCGCCAUGGAUGAAGUAACUCGUCUCCAUAUCCAAAGUCAAUGGGAAGGUAGGAGUGAGGUGACAGUUUUCGACACAGUGAAACCAUACUUAUUUGAGCUCGCGUGCCGUCUGUUUCUAAACCUUGAUGAUCCGAGACGUGUCACAGAACUUGGAUCGUUAUUCAACACGUUCCUAAAAGGGCUUGGCUCGCUGCCUAUAGAUAUCCCAGGGACACAGUUUUACCGGGGUAAAAGAGCAGCAAUUGCGAUUAAAAAACAACUAAUCAUGAUCAUCAACCAAAGGAAACUGACCCUAAAACAAGAAAAUGCAUCAUCUUUUGAGGACCUUUUGUCGCAUUUGCUUCUAAAUUCAGAUGAAAAUGGUCAGUUUUUAUCCGAAAUGGAGAUUGCAAAUAACAUAUUAUUGCUACUCUUUGCCGGGCAUGACACUUCUGCCGUCUCCAUAACGUUACUCAUGAAGUGUCUUGGAGAGCACCCCGACGUUUACAAAAACGUGUUGAAAGAGCAAUUGGGCAUUUUGGAGGGAAAAGCGCCCGGUGAAGUUCUAAACUGGGAGGACAUACAGAAGAUGAGAUACUCAUGGAAUGUAGUAUGCGAAGUACUCAGAUUAAAUCCACCUGUGAUUGGAUCUUUUCGGGAGGCCCUAGUGGAUUUCGAGUACGCAGGUUACACAAUCCCCAAAGGAUGGAAGAUAAUGUGGAGUGCACCCACGACACAAAAGGAAGAAGAUAACUUCCCAAACGUUACCAAAUUCGAUCCUUCAAGAUUUGAAGGAACGGGACCCACACCGUUCACCUAUAUUCCGUUUGGAGGCGGUCCUAGGAUGUGUUUAGGGAAAGAAGUAGCCCGUGUGCAAAUACUUGUGUUCCUACACAACAUUGUGACCAAGUUUAAGUGGGACCUACUAAUUCCCGACGAGAAAAUAGAGUACGUUCCUUUGGCUACCCCGGUAAAAGGACUCCCAAUUCGACUCCAUCCUCAUCAAGUUUGAAGAUUUUAUAUCAAGUAUGUAUCUGUUUGGUUAUGUAUCAAUGCUAAACAAUAAUUAACUAUUAUUUAUACUUGUUUAACUUCUGCAUAGUUGAGCAAAAAACAAAAAACAAUGUAUUCUAUAAACAAAAAACCUGUGGGCGUUUGAUUCGGGUGAGUCCACAGUUACACAGGUUGAUUUUAUUUCUUGUUGAAUCCAAACAAUGAUUUAAUGGCAUUUAAAGCGUUCUCGUUGAUAAAUGACUCGUCAUAUUGUUUAAUCAGGGGAUCAAACUCCUCAGAUUUCCUUAAAUUCUCUAGAUCAGGGUCAGUACG